GCCAGGCCGAGGCGGCGGAGCGGAGGGAGGCAGGCGCGGGCGAGGGGGCUGCGCAGCGCUCGGAACCGCCCGGCCCGCUCGCUCGCUCGCGCCCCAGGGCGCCGGCCGCGCCGAGGAAGGAGGGCCGGGCGGGAGGGUCCGGCGCCGCCGGGGGAGGGCCGGGCCGGGCCGGGCCGGCCGCCUCAAGGCCUUCCCCGCAGUUGCCCAUGUCACAAUGGACUCCUGAGUGUGGCGCGGUCUAUACUCUAGAAGCGGAUAUGAAGAGCGACGUUUCCUCUGGGGCACCCAAGAGGCAAGAGAGCCUGAAGGGGACGCUCUUGAACUCCCAGCCCAUGGAGGCAGCCAAAAACUUCCCGGCAGAAGUCGAGAUGAUCGCCGGCAAGGUCGGAGAGGAGUUCUCCCACUUGUGCGGCGACUCUCAAAAACAGAAGGAGGUGAACGGAAGUCGCCCGGACCCAGAGGCAGUUGUCCUGCGGAAGAAGCGCAAGAGCCAGCAGGCUGGCCCUUCAUAUGCACAGAGCUGUGAUGGCAAGGAAAACCCACGCAUUUUAGGAUUAAGGCAGCGCCUCGAUACGCAAAGCGAGGACAACGACUCCUCUUUCAGUGACUGUGUGUCUUCGCCAUCGUCCAGUUUGCAUUUUGGAGACUCUGACACGGUAACCUCUGAGGAGGAUAAGGAGGCCGCCGCCGUCAGGCAUCCUCGGGCAGUGUUGAACGCUUCCAGCAGAACUCACAGCUCGCGGCCACAGAAGUGGCCUCGGACGGAACCGGAAUCCGUACCAGGUUUAUUAAUGAAAAGGCCUUGUUUCCACGGCAGCAGUUCCUUGAGGAGGCUGCCCUAUCGGAAGAGGUUUGUGAAAACAAGCUCCUCUCAAAGGACACAAAACCAAAAGGAGCGGAUUUUAAUGCAGCGUAAAAAAAGGGAGGUAUUAGCCAGGAGGAAGUAUGCUUUGCUGCCCAGCUCUAGUAGUUCCAGUGAGAACGACUUGAGUAGUGAAUCUUCUUCCAGCUCAUCCAGUGAGGGAGAGGAAGAUAUCUUUGUAUCGACUGGCGAAAACCACCAAAACAAUACUGCUGUUCCCUCAGGGAGUAUUGAUGAAGACGUCGUGGUGAUUGAGGCGUCCUCCACUCCCCAAGUUACUGCCAAUGAAGAAAUUAAUGUGACCUCAACAGACAGUGAAGUGGAGAUUGUAACAGUUGGUGAAAGUUACCGGUCUCGUUCAUCACUGGGGCAUUCUAGAUCCCACUGGGGUCACAGUUCGAACUCCCAUGCCCCGCGGUCACAGGAGCAGCGGAACCGCAGUAGAAUUUCCACAGUCAUACAGCCACUGAGGCAGAACGCCGCGGAGGUGGUGGACUUGACGGUGGAUGAAGAGGAGCCCACCGUCGUGCCAACCACGUCCUCUCGAGCGGAUGCCCCGGCAGCCAGUUCUGCUUCCAGCGAAGGCUCCAGCAGGGCUUCUGCGGAGCAGGCCCCCGAGGUCGUUUCAAGCGCCUCCAGCAGCCAAACGGCGGCAGCCCCAGAGCCUCUGGCCACCCUUGCCCACAGCAGUGCUGCCGGGAGUUCAGCAGGAGACGAUGCAAGAGGAAAUCCGUCCAGUUCCACGCUGGGCCCCGGCCCUCCUGCCCUGCCACGGCUGCCCUCGUGCUGCCCCCAGCACUCUCCCUGCGGGGGGUCUCCGCAGAGCCACCCGGUCCUGGGCCACCCUCCUGCGAGCUGUUUCCAGCAGCACAGCCACCACUUCCAGCACCACCACCACCACCACCACCACAGCCCCCAUGCCAGCGUCCCCCUCUCGCCUCCUUUCAGCGAGUCCAGCUGCCCCGUGGAACGGCCUCCCCCUGUGCCAGCGCCUGGCGGGCCAAGCGCUAGUUCUGGCACGACUUACCACGACCAGCAGGCGCUCCCUGUCGACUUGAGCAGCAACGGCAUCCGAAGUCACGGGGGCAGCUCUUUCCAGGGCACCUCUGCCUUCGACCCCUGCUGCCCUGGGUCUUCCUCCCGGACAACCAUCUAUGGGCAUCAGGCCAGUGCCGCUCCCAGCUACCCCAUUGCCCUCGAGGGGUACAGCGCAAACAUGGUCGCCCCGCCUCAGCCCCCGCCUCAGGCUUCGCUGUCCUCCUGCCGGCAUCACCUGCACUCGCCUUAUGCUUCUUUGACACGGCCUCUUCACCAUCAAGCUUCCACGUGUCCGCACUCCCACGGGAACCCUCCUCCGCCUCCCGCUGCUCCACCACAGCCCCCGCCGCAAGUGGACUACGUGAUCCCCCACCCGGUGCACCCCUUCCACCCCUCCAUCUCCUCCUCCCACACCUCUUCCCACGCCGUCCCCCCUCCACCCCCUCCACACCCCUUGGCCAGCACAGCCGCCCCGCUCCCGCAGCACCUCCCGGCCGCGCCCCAGCCGCUCCCCCAUCACAUCCCCGCCGCAGCGCCUCCCGCUCAGAGGCUGCACCCCCACGAAGUCAUCCAGAGGAUGGAGGUCCAGCGCCGCAGGAUGAUGCAGCACCCCACGCGAGCGCAUGAGCGACCUCCACCCCACCCGCACCGAAUGCACCCAAACUAUGGCCACGGGCAUCACAUUCACGUGCCCCAGACGAUGUCUUCGCACCCUCGACAAGCCCCGGAGAGGUCUCCCUGGGAACUGGGAAUUGAAGCAGGAGUGACAGCCGCCACCUACCCGCCUGGCCCGCUGCAUCCGCACUUGGCUCACUAUCAUGCGCCUCCGCGACUUCACCACUUGCAAAUCGGGGCUCUUCCAUUAAUGGUUCCUGACAUGGCGGGCUACCCUCACAUCCGUUACAUUUCAUCGGGAUUGGAUGGAACUUCAUUCAGAGGCCCUUUCAGGGGCAAUUUUGAGGAGUUGAUUCACCUGGAAGAGCGAUUGGGAAAUGUGAAUCGUGGAGCUUCGCAAGGAACAAUCGAAAGGUGCACCUAUCCACACAAAUACAAAAAGGUAACAACUGAUUGGUUCUCACAGAGGAAACUGCACUGCAAACAAGAUGGGGAGGAAGGGACCGAGGAGGACACAGAGGAAAAGUGCACCAUUUGUUUAUCUAUUUUAGAGGAAGGGGAAGAUGUCAGGCGCCUCCCUUGUAUGCAUCUUUUCCAUCAAGUGUGUGUGGAUCAGUGGUUGAUCACGAACAAGAAGUGCCCCAUUUGCAGAGUGGACAUUGAAGCUCAGCUGCCGAGCGAGAGUUGACCCCCUUCUCCCCCAGCCCUCUUGUGCUCCUCCUCCACACCCAUCCUUCCUGGUACUGCAGUCAACCAAAGAUGGCAUGACUUUACCUGUGCAGAUGUUGGAAGCAUUUGAACCUGCUAGAGUGCUAUGUGUCUGCUCUAUGGUAUACCUAAUGCUAAACCUACAGUUCCGUGUAUUUAUAAAGCCUUUUUUCUCUCUCAAGAUUUUACCAUUCCCCUCAUCCUUAACACUUCCCCCUGUAUCUCUGCAUGGUCCCUCGUAUUGCAUUUCUUUGCACAUGUUACGGGCUUAGUCAUCCCAAACUUGCAGGCAAGAUUUAUCUGCUUUAGAAAGUAGGAUUGUGUGGUCCGGUUUUGUUUAUAUUUUUUUUUACCUAGAGUUGAGCUUUCCAAAAUAAGAUUUCACUCAUUACUAACAUCAGAGACCUUAAUUUAAUCAUGUAUUUUAGUUUCAAAUGUAUAAAGAUCAAGAUGACAUUGUGUUUUUAAGACAUUCCUUAAUUAGGAGAAAAGGCUGCUGUAUUCUUACAUUGGGCAGAAAUGCCAAAGCGUUUCUCUUGCACCGGCGCCACUUAAAACGAACUGGAGCUGUGCGGGAGCACCGCAGCGCUGAUUUGUUCCAAGUUGCACCAUCUGCAAUAACUGAGAACACAACCUUCAGGCCCUCUUGGUUUCCACAGGGGCACUUGUUCCUGGCACAUCUUUUCUGAUCACGCGCGUGUGUUCUGAAGCCUUCAGCACAAUACAGAUUUAUUUGAAUGUCAAUAUUAAAACAUUUAGACUGCUGUCGGAUUGUAUGUACCAUUUUCUUAUGUCUAGCCAUUGGGGUCCCUCUAAUGUAAUAUUUUGCUGCUGUGAAACAGCUCUAAUGAACACUAAAUAUUUGACUUCAACUAGCUGGAUUGUAGAUACAUGCAGAUUGAAUAAAUAAGUUUGUAGGAAAACAGGGAAGGAAAGACACCUUUUUUUCUGCUCCUCAGUCUUAUGCUAAAAAUUCAUCUUCAGAUCUGCACAAAAUGGUUUUGUAAAAAAAAAAAAAGGAAAAAGGAAAAAACCCACAAACAUCAAAUCAUGACUUAGAAUAGCAUUUCUUAUGGCAGAUUUCCAUGACUUCAUAGAACUUUCAGGGUCCCUGCUCCGUCAUGGGCCUUUUUUUUUUUUUAA